AUCCAGGAACUAUUUUAAACAUUGACACAUUUUGUAAGUAGAUAUAUCCCAUAAUAGCUUUUAGGGAGUUGUCUUAGUGUACAGAACUCUGAAGUAUUUGGUCAUCUCUGCGGAACCAUGCCGGGAACAUCACCUUAGAGAUUAAAAGGUAGAGUUUAGUCUGUGUGAGGAGUGCAAUAGAACAAAGUUAUCCGUGAUGGAGAAUCCUACCACAGAAGAAGAGAACGAGUUGAAGGAAGUUCUCACCAAAGCUGAAUUGCCACAUUUUCUGACAGUCUUUAAGUCCAAUGGAGUAACGUUUGAACUUCUGCCCAAAUUAACCCACGAAGACCUCAAAAGCAUUGGGAUGAAUCGGCUGGUGGAUAGGAUCAAUUUGUUCAAAGCAAUGACAUAUCAUGAAGGAAAUGUAUCGAAAGGUUCCACACCUUCCCCACUGUCAGAAUUGGAAAGCAAUUUUCUGCGUACCACCCACCUAGCCUACGCCAUUAUACCAAGGGCUAUACGGAUUUUCUUUGAUUCCCGGCAUCCUCCAAUAAACCUGAUUAAACAGCUUGAUUCCAAAGAAGGAGAAUUAAAGUCAUGCAAAGCAGUGUAUAAGGAAAAUUACCCAUUACUUUUUUCGUCACACGGUUGUACCAUGGCCAAAUCUGAGAACUUCGACUUGACCCUUUUAAUGGCUCUUCUGAGAAAUUUCACGAACAUUAAAGAACCUGUCACAACGUGGAAUAAGAUGCCAAAACAAGCUGACACGAGUGAGGGAGCUGAUUUAGUCAGGAUACGAUUUCAUCGGAAUGCAUUGGCACACAAUACCAAUGCCACCUUAUCAAACAAAGAAUUCCACGAUAUGUGGGACGAAUUGAAAUAUGCCGGAUCCCGUUUAUCUGGUGGUCGACUGAAUAGUGAAAUAGACGCCCAGAAAUGUGCUGCUUUAGACGACAAAAACAAAGAGAUAUUGCAUCACUUACUGUAUCAAGAGAAAAUGCUUCAAAGGCAGCAAAGAGAAAUAAAGAACAUUCAACUGAAGCAAAGCGACCGAAUCCCGCCAAACAUUAAAGAUCUUCACCUAGAGAUUCUUUCCAGAUGGAAGACAGAAGAUAAGCCAUUUAUUCAGACACAGGCGUACUUAAAAAUAAUAGAUAUUGUUGAUCAGUAUACACUGAUCUUCAUUAUCGGACGACCAGGCGAAGGAAAAUCUGCUAUCGCAAGACACAUUGCGCUGCAGUUUGAGCAAAAAAAUUAUGAAGUUAUCCCCUUUACCAAGUCUGAGGAGAUUUUUACAUACAGAAAAUCAGGAAUGAAACAAAUCUUUGUAUCCGAUGACAUUUUUGGCAUUUUUGGUGUACAUCAAUCUACACAUAAAAACGAACUUGAUAACAUUUUUCAUCAUUUUACAUCAAAAAGAAAUGAUCUUAAAAUAGUUUCCACAUGCCGAAAAUUGGUGUAUAACGAGUUAUCAGAUAUGUACCCCAGGCUUGCUAAAUAUGAAGCCGUGUGUGACAUUAGUGACAAAUCAUAUGAAAUGAAUGAUGACGAAAGAAGAAAAAUAUUCGCGAGUCAUUGUUUUGUGGAAGGUGUGGAGAGUACUGCAUACAGAGAAACUUUGCCAUUAGGCAAAAAUCUUCCAAUGUUUCCAUUUAUGUGCAGACUCUUUUCAAAAGACGAAAAAUUUCGAAAAUAUGGCACAAAAUUGUUCACUAAUUCUCAUGAAUGUUUGUUGAAAGAAAUUGAUAGUUUAAUGGUUUCCGAAGAAAAUGUUCUUGAAAUUCCAUCAAUGCAAUCGAUUCCCCACUGUAGAGUAAAAUAUGCUGCUUUAGUUUUAUGUAUGCUGCAAAGGAAUGAAUUAUUGGAAAAUGUUCUCGACAACAAAGAGUACGAAAUAAUGAGAAACGAAAUAUGCAAGAAGUGCAAAAUUAAAAGUUUUUCAAGUUGGGAAUUUUCAGAUGCUCUUGAUGCAAUGGAAGGAACUUAUAUUACAAAAAGUGGCAAUGUGUUUUCAUUCAUGCAUGAUUCACUAUGGGAAGUGGUUGCGUACCACUAUGGCAGAAUGUUUCCUGAUCAGAUUGUUCUGUAUCAGAGCAGCAGUUAUGUUGCAAAUAACGUUACACUAUACGAGAGCAAGGCCCGAGCUGAAUUAAAAGUGUUCCUGAAAGAUAAAUUCUAUCCAGUAUUAGCUGCAAGGCUUUUUCGAGAUAUCAAAGCACUCGUACUCUAUGAUGUUUUUAUGAAUGAAUCUUUGCAUCAUGAAAGAUUUUGCACAGCGUUCCUGGAAACCAUUGACAAUCUUCCGAAUGAUGAUUUGAUGGUAUUUUUUAAAAGGACACCUUCGAAUUCUUGCAAAGAUAUUCUUGAAAGGAGUCGUAACAUAUGGAAAGUAGAAACUGAUCGCCACCACUGGAGAGAAAUGGAAAGACAAAAGGUUCUUAAAAUGACCCCAAUACGUCCAGUGAAUUGGGUACUAAAUUAUGGACAUCAUCGUAUUAUGCAGAAAUUAUUUGAUAUCUUAGCUUCAAAAUGUAUGUCAUUAGAUCUGCUGACAAACGAUGCUGAGGAACAGACAAGAAUGUUGGUUCUUGCAUGUUACAGUGGAAAUAAAAACCUAGUUCGCACUGUCAUGGAACAUGUUCCAAACAGUUGCAGGAAUAUGCAUUACUCUUUAAGAACACCGUUAACAGCAGCAUGUGAAUAUGGACAUCUUGACGUUAUUGAAACACUUUUACAAGCUAAGGUGAACGUGAACCACUUCGAUGGAAACAAUGACAGUCCUUUGCUAAUAGCGGCUACAGUGGGCAACAACUUCGUUGCCGAGAUACUCCUGAAAUAUGGGGCAGAUUGCAACAAAAGUGACAAUCAUUCGAGAUCCCCCAUAUUAACUGCAUCUCGGUUUGGUCAAGAUGACGUUUUAGAGACUUUAUUAAAACACAAUGGCAAUUGCUCUAUAACGACAUUAGAGGGGGUGUCCCCGCUCCAUGAAGCAUGUAGAAAUGGACAUUCAGGUAUUGUCAAACGUUUACUAGAAGAAAUCAAUAUUAACCUGAAAGAUAACCAAGGAAGAACACCUAUCUUUGAAGCUUCCCGAUAUGGUCAUAAAUAUGUUGUUGAGCUUUUAUUGACCAAUCAUGCAGAUGUUAACAUACCAGAAAUGAAAGAUCAUAAAUAUCCUAUUCAUAUGGCAAGUAAAACUGGUCAUUAUUGUGUUGUGGAAAUGUUGAUUGAACAUGGUGCGGAUGUGAAUGUCAAAGAUCGAUAUUCACAAACCUCUUUGCAUUUGGCGUGCAGGAUGGGUCAUUCAAAUGCUGUAAUGUUACUCAUUAGUAAUGGGGCUGAUUGCAACAGAAGAGAUUAUGAAAGAAAAACUCCUCUACAUGUUGCGUACGAAAAUCAUGACCAGAAAAUUAUUGCAAUGCUUCUAGAAAACUGUCCAUCUAUAUAUAUGAGCAAGAACAUGGCGCAGAAUAUCUUAGAUAUGGGUAUUAAGGAAGGGAAUCAAUCAAUUGUGCAAAUGAUCAUAGGCAGAGAUAUUGACAUUAACCUACAAAAUAUAUAUGGGCAAACACCAGUACAUGCCGCUUGUCGCCUUGGCGUACCAAUCGUUUUAGAAUUGCUGUUAAAGAAAAAUCCAAAUUGUAGUUUAGUUGAUAUCGGGGGAUCUAUACCGUUGCAUUACUCACUAUGGAUGGGUAACACGGAUGUUACAAAGGUACUUUUGAAAUAUGAGAAUGGACGCAGUAGCUGUCAAGGAAAUCGUCUUUUGUUCAGCAUUCUUGUUAACCUUCAGCAUGUCCAAGUUGCACUGGACGCAAGAGAUGUCCCAAUAAUCAUCAAAAUUCGGACAUACUCUAAAGAGGAAUUUUACAGUCUGUGGAAAAUCAUCAAGUCAGAAAACAGUGACAAAUUAAGUCAUCUUUUACAAAUAGGUCUGAAUGCAAACCAACAUGUAAGUGUGUAUGGAGAAGUAACUGAUGGAUCUGAUUAUGAUGACAAAAUGAGUCUGCUCUACAUCAUAGCAUGUACAGAAGAAUGUGUCCAAACUCGAGAAAAAUUUCGAAUUCUUUUACAAAACGGCAUAGAAACCCAAGAGAGAAAUUUCAGGUGGAAGGAUUUUUUCCCAGAUAUGAAAUUAGAUUUUGUUGGCAAUAGAAAAUGUGUAUCCCUACUAGAAUGUUUACGACAAUCUGAAAGAACAGACCUGGUCACGGAACUGAAAAAGCACACUCGCAGAUAUUCAAUUUGAAUGAGACAUAUCAAAUUGCUGUUAUAAAGAAGAAGGUACGGUAUUGGCGGUAUUUGGCUGCUAAAUCUACGGAAUUUCUAUCGUCUGUCUUUCGUGCGUGAAUCAUAUAAAUUAAGAUUACUUUGAUAUCGGCUAAACCCCACUACAAGAAAAGUGACGUGAUUUUCAUCUAUAGCAUUACAAAUACGCGCCAAACAUGGAACAGUUAACAGAGAAUGUUACUUUAAAUUGCAUUAUGACUUUCUGUUUUUGAAAUUCGAACCUGUUACAUACGGUUUAGCAUCACUGAAGAGACAUUAUUUGUCGAAAUGCGCAUCUGGUGCAUCAAAAUUGAUACCGUAUAAGUUUUACAUACAACAGCCAAUUCCAUAUUAUAUUCAUUUGUUAAAAAUGUGGUCGCAAAUUAAAAAGAAAACAAAACUGGU